GCAUUGCCCACACUCCUCCUUUUUCUCCUCCAAAACGUCCUCAGGGUUACCCUUGACAUUGCUGGUCUCGACCAUCUGGGCCCACUCACAGCUCGCUCGAUAAUCAGCCCAACUUUGCUUCCGUAACUCACCUGUUUCCGACACAAGCAUAUAUCUCCUAACAAGGUUUCAUGGCCACGCCUCAGCCUCCGUACCCAGGUCCCUCCAACUACUACCAGCAUCCUCCCCAGCCCCAAUAUGCGUACCCAGGACACCCAUACCAGUAUCAGUAUCCCGUCCAGCACAUGAACGGGCACCCCAUGCACGUCCCCUCGUCUCCUCGUGUGAACUCCCCAGCACGUGGUGGAUACCCGUCCGCCAGAGGAGGCGGUCCCACCCAUUACCAUCAGACCUUCCAACCUCAUCCGCACUACCCGUAUCCUUAUCACCCAAAUGCCGUACCCCACCAUCCGCAUUCCCCUGUCCCAUAUCCUCCCCCGCCUCAGCAACAUGCCAAGUUCCCACCGCCUCACCCUCAGGCCCCACCUUACUCCCCCUCGUAUCCCAUGCACUCGCCUAGCCCGUUCACCUCGGGCUGGACACCUCAACAAACCCUCUCGCCUCUCCCGAAACAGCUCGCGUUGCACCAUCCUGUCUCUCCUGGUCCCCCUCCACCCACUCAGCCUCCCACCCAGGAAGAUUCGAUUCCACCAUUGUUUAGUCAAUCCAAUGACGCGGAGUCUAACCCUAACCCCCAUCCACCAUCUGCUCCUCCAUCUCCGUCUCACUUCGCCACUCGACAAUCCCCACCUAUUUUUCAACAGCAGUCUGAUCAGCCCGUUGACGACCCCCCUGCUCCGCCCUCCCCCCAGCCGUCCUCGCCGCGAAGCACUUCUGCCCUGUCCGUCACCGAUGUCAAAUGCGAUGGAUGGGUGAUAUGGUCCAAACGUCCCAGUGAUCCGUCCAACGCUCCCGGCAUCAUCAUCUCCCCUCGCGCUCGUCCCCCAGAAAAUGUCGUCAGCAGCGCUCUCGAUCUUCCCAGCCCGCCCCCGUCUCCCGAACCGGCUCAUCCUCCCGUCAAGGCCAAGAAAGCGUCUGCCAUGGUUUCCAAUGUUAUCAAGGCGAACGUGUCCUCCGUUGAGCAUGUGGUGACACUGUUCCCGUCGUCAUCUACCACGGAGACGACGCCCGGAACGUCUACCGCUCAGACGCCCGUCCCUGGUUCGCCUGUUUCGUCUCGUACUUCUGUCUCUGGCACCGCACACUCUCCAACGCGUGGUAAGGCCUCGCAGGUUGCGACGGCUGAGCAGCCUCCGGUGCCCGCCGUACCUGUUCUUGAGGAGAAGCCUGCAGAAACACCGCAACCUGAGGCUACCCCUCAAGCCGAAGCUGACACUGAGGCUGCGAAGGAAACGCCGGUAGAACCCACCAAGGACACACCCGCCGAAAGUGCCAUUGUGCGGCCCGUAGCCCCACCACAUGCGCCCAAAGCCAAGCCCUCGUCCUGGGCUGCCCUCCUUCGUCCCUCAGGAGGUGCAGGCUCCUCCAACGCACCCAAUGCCCUCCCCAUGUCAUCCGUCACAGGUUUCUCCAUCCCCGCCGACGCGCUCCAUGCCACAGGUGCCCAUGUGCCUGUCGCAGCCGGGAAGAAGAACGAGCUGCUAAGCCUGUUGUCUGCGAGCCCAUCGGGCCCGCCGGUGCCACCGCGCAUCCGGCCCCGUGGCUUGGUCAAUACGGGCAACAUGUGCUUCGCGAACGUGGUGCUGCAGGUGUUGGUGUAUUGUCCGCCGUUUUGGAGGCUGUUCACGGAGCUUGGGCGUCUCGUUGAUGUUGAUGGGGAGAAGGAUAAGCAUGGGGAGAAGGGGAAGCAGAAGAGGGAGACGAAGACGCCGAUGAUCGACGCGUCGAUCAGGUUCCUCAGGGAGUUUAUGCCGAAGAAGCCGGUUGAGGGGAAGGGGAAGGGUGUGGAUAGGGAGUAUUACAGGCAGGAGGAGGAUGAGCAAGAGUUUUAUUCGUCGUUUGUGCCGACGGUGGUGUAUGAUGCGUUGAAGGAGAAGAAGCAGUUUGAUAAUAUGCGGGGCGGCCAUCAAGAGGAUGCUGAGGAGUUCCUCGGAUUCUACCUCGACACGCUUGAGGAGGAGUUCAAUAUCAUGUCGUCUUCGCUCGCGCCGCCCGCUCCUCGGCCCGCGCAGAAUGGACACGUGCCCUCCGGAAACGAGGCCAGUCAGGACGAUGGUUGGCUCGAGGUGGGCAAGAAACAGAGGCCCACGGUUACACGUACGGUUAAGAGCACCGAGUCGCCGAUCACGCGCAUCUUUGGAGGAAAGUUCCGCUCGACGCUGCGUGUGCCGCAUCAGAAGGACUCGGCUGUUGUCGAGGAUUGGCGCUCGCUGCGUCUUGAUAUCCAGCGCGAGCAAAUUGCCACGAUCAAAGACGCGCUCGCCUGCAUUUCGCAUCCUUCCAGCGUCCAGGUGACCUCGGUUACAAAGCCGGGCGUCACGCUCGACGCGACGCAGCAGGUGCAUGUCGAGGCGCUGCCGCCGGUGCUCAUUCUGCACCUGAAGCGGUUCCUGUACGAUGCGAACGCGGGCGGCGUCGCCAAGGUGUGCAAGCACGUGUCAUUUGGGCCCGAGUUGGAGAUUGGAUCUGAGCUGAUGGCACCCGGAAAGAAGGUGCUGACGACGCGGUACAAGCUCUUCGGCGCGCUGUACCACCACGGCCUUUCCGCGUCAGGCGGGCACUACACGCUCGAUGUGCUGCAUCCCAAUGUCGACAUGGCGUCGGGGGGCAACACGAAGCCGCGCGAGGGCUGGAUCCGGAUCGACGACGAGCUCGUCUCGGACGUGCGCGCCGAGGACGUGUUCGGCGAGCAGCAGGCGCCGGACCAUCGUCAUGCGUACUUGCUGUUUUAUAGACGUGUCGGGGGGCCUGUUGCGCGGAGCUAGAGUUGCGGCAUGGUGUGAUGGUCUAUGGCUGUGGCUGGUGUUUUCCCGUGUCAGUUAUGGUCGUGACUGUCGUGUGUUGACCGUUUUUGCUGCCUGCCGCGGUUGUGGAGCUGAGUGAGGCCCCGCGGGAGGCGGCGUCGAGGAGGCGGAGGUGAGAUAGGGCGUUGGGUGACGCUCUCGAGGCACGAAUCAUGUAGUGUGUCGUUGGUUAUGCGCUAGCUGUGCAUAUUCCGGGGCGCGUUUCAGGAUGGGAGUAUGGAAUCUGGAGCAUGUAGUAGACGAGCAGAGGGUUGUCACGCAUCGUUGGUGUCGCCGGUCAUUGCUGUAGAUUUCUUAGUGUUCUACAGUGAUGGUCUAUUUCUUUUAGCAAAUUUGAC